CAUAAUUUUAAUUCUUCAUUAGUUUUACAUCAAUUGUUUAUUAUCCACAAAAGGCAAAAUGUUAAUUAAUGUGUGCCGCGUUUGCGGUAAGAGUACUCUGUGUCCCAAAGCCCUGGAACUCUUUAAACUGGAUAACCUGGAAACACUGCGGCGCAUUUACCUAGUCACUGGCAUUCGAUUGCAGCAAAUUCCUGGAGCUCCGGACAUGGUGUGCUUCUGCUGUCAAACGGACCUCAAUUCGGCCAUACAAUUCCGAAAGCACUGCAUCCAGGAGCAGAAGAAAUGGGUGCCAGAAAAAAAGGAGGCGGAGGCUGAAGAGGAGAACUUUAGGGCAGAGGUGGAGAACCUUAAGUCGGAACAGGGAGGCCUUAAGGCAGAUGAAGUGGAGGGAGAUAUAGAAUCCGAAUCUCCGAGGAGCCCCUGUCGACCCCCAGGUUCUGUUGAACCGUUGCAAACAGUGGACAUUGUUGUAAAGUUGCCGGAAACUACAGUCGUAGAGGAAUCAACAGGUGGAACGAAUGACAAUGAAACUAAGCAGCUGGCGGAGAUCCCGCAAAAAGGGGAAGGCGAGGCGGAUCCUGAGCACUAUGUACCUGCAAAACUGAAAGUCCACCAGUGCGGCACCUGUGGUAUUGUAAAAAAGAACAGGGCAUCUCUUGUGCGACACGAAUAUAGACACGCAGGCGAGAAGCCAUUUCCCUGCAAGGAAUGUCCGAGGCGUUAUCUCUCCCGGAACGAACUGCGUGCUCACAUGCUCGCCCACCACACCAAGGAACCGCCGUUUCCCUGUCGCUACUGCGACCGUCGCUACUUCUCCGUAGUUGGCCGAAAGAAGCACGAACGAAUUCACACCAAUGAACGGCCUUUUGUUUGCGACCAAUGCGGCAAGGCCUUCACACGGGUCUGCGUCCUGAGGGCCCACAUGCAGACGCACACGGGCCAAAAGAUGUUCCGCUGCGAUAUAUGCGAUCGAUCCUUCACCCUGAAAAAACAUCUGGUCACCCACUACACAUCAAACACUCAUAAGCGGAAAGCCAAAAUGGCAGAAAAGGUUCCGGCUGGAAAGGAUACCUUUGAGGCUGGCCUCAUAACUAAUGAUAACGAUACUGAAAAUCUGAACAAAUUUACCCAAGAAGAGUUAGAACAGUCGCAAUUUGACCUCUUAUGUGUAGAUGUUUUCAGUUCUGUGUCCCUCUAGAUAUCAUCGUGCAAAAAGAAAUCAACAACGAAAAGAAGCCAUUUCGGUAAGUAUGAAUCCCAACAUCAGAAACCAAAGUCAACAUUGAAUUUAAUUUGAAAUUUAAGCAAUAUUUUAUCAGUAUGCAUCACAGAAAAGAAUCACAAAAUAAUUAGGAGACAGCAAAAACCAAAGUUAACAUUGAAUCUGAUUUGAACUUUAAGCAAUAUUUUAUAAAAAAAACAUCACACAAAUAUGAAUCUUAUAAAUCUCAUAUUUUAAAUCGUAACACAAAAUGCUGACACCAAAUAAUUUAAACCGUUAAGGUUUUAAACAAAUCAAAAACAGUAUUCCUUAAGAAAGCCGCUAUAUUUGGAAACAAUUGUCUUCCACUUGUUAGGUUUAAAAGCCAAAUUUCUUAAUAUAUUCUCAGUGACCAUAAAACUAUACAAGAGCAGGAAAAAUCAAGUAACGAAGCCAUAAAUAUAUUUUUAUCUAACCAAAGAACAUUAGUUUAUAGGAUUUAAGAACAAAUCUAGCCGUGCCUAUUAACCAAUUAACAAAUUAGGUUUAAAAAGAGUUCAUAUAAUUUGCCUUGUAUCUUUAUACCCUUGUAGACUUUUAUACAGCGCUAUAAAUCAUGUAUAUUCUUGAUCAGUAUCAAGCCGAGACGAUCUAACCAUCUAAGGCAGAUAUAAAAAUUAAAAUUUUUUUUAACUGCUGCCUAAAUUGACAUCGUUAA